GUGUGAGAAGACUCUCCGAUCUCGGGAACUGCAGUUCAACACUGGAAGGAAGUGCUUUGGAGAUCGUGCUGGAACCAGGUUGCGUAAACUAUAGUUCCCAGAAGGCGUCGCGGUUGAGAGCCAAGCUUUUUCACCACUCUGCUCGCCCUCCACGAGUCGUUUCCGCGGUAAAGGUGACCUGUCUCGGUGAGACUGGUUCUGCAGGUGCUGACAUUGUCCGCGUAGUUCUCAACUAUGUUGGAACCACUCAGAGUCCUUGUGACUGGAGCAGCUGGUCAAAUAGCAUAUUCACUGCUGUACAGUAUUGGAAAUGGCUCUGUCUUUGGUAAAGACCAGCCUCUGAUUCUUGUGCUGUUGGAUAUCACCCCCAUGAUGGGGGUCCUGGAAGGGGUCCUUAUGGAACUGCAAGACUGUGCACUUCCUCUCCUGAAAGAUAUCAUCAUAACAGAUAAAGAAGACGUUGCCUUCAAAGACUUGGAUGUAGCCAUUCUCGUGGGUUCCAUGCCAAGAAGGGAUGGCAUGGAGAGGAAAGAUUUACUGAAAGCAAAUGUGAAAAUUUUCAAAGUCCAAGGUGCAGCCUUGGAAAAAUAUGCCAAGAAGACAGUUAAGGUUGUUGUCGUAGGAAACCCAGCCAAUACUAACUGCCUGACAGCAUCAAAGUCUGCUCCAUCCAUCCCCAAGGAGAACUUCAGUUGCUUGACGCGUUUGGAUCAAAACCGAGCUAAAUCUCAAAUUGCUCUUAAACUUGGUGUGACUGCUGAUAAUGUAAAGAAUGUCAUCAUCUGGGGAAACCAUUCCUCAACUCAGUAUCCAGAUGUCAACCAUGCCAAGGUGAAAUUGCAAGGAAAGGAAGUUGGUGUUUAUGAAGCUCUGAAAGAUGACAGCUGGCUUAAGGGAGACUUCAUCACGACUGUGCAGCAGCGUGGCGCUGCCGUCAUCAAGGCUCGGAAACUAUCCAGCGCAAUGUCUGCUGCAAAAGCCAUCUGUGACCACCUCAGAGAUCUCUGGUUUGGAACCCCAGAGGGGGAGUUUGUGUCCAUGGGUGUUAUGUCUGACGGCAACUCCUAUGGCAUUCCUGAUGAUAUGCUCUACUCAUUCCCUGUUGUGAUCAAGAAUAAGACCUGGAAGUUUGUUGAAGGUCUCCCUAUUAAUGAUUUCUCACGUGAGAAAAUGGAUCUUACUGCAAAGGAGCUAGCAGAAGAAAAAGAAACUGCUUUUGAAUUUCUUAGCUCUGCAUGACUAGACAAUCCUUUCAGUGUUACUAAAUGCUCAAAAGCCGAAGAAUCUAAAUGUCGUCUUUGACUCUAGUACCAAAUAAUAAUGCUAUACUUAAAUUAACUGUGAAAAAUAGCACAUUUGAAAGUUGUUUGCUUCUUGAUACAAAUUUGUGACUAUUUAUCAUCAUGGUGUUAGUGCUGCAGUCUAAAUAAAAUUAUAUAUUCAAGUGAAAA